AUGCCGCAAUUUGGUUAUGUCUACGAUGAAAGAAUGAUGAAGCAUGAUUGCGCUUAUGAUGAGACAAUGGCCGAAUGUCCGGAGCGUAUGAAGUUGAUUUUUGAACGUCUAAAACACGAUGGACUUCUCGAUAACGCCGUCCAGGUAAAAGCUCGUGAAGCUACUGAUGCUGAGCUUCUUCUCAAUCAUCCGAUUGAGUUAAUAAACGAGAUCAAAUCGCUGGAAACCACAGAAAAAUGCGAAGAUUAUUGUCGAGACAAGGAAAUCCUAUGGACUUGCGCUGAAACCGACGAAGCUGCUCGCGUAGCUGUCGGUGGAGCCAUUGAAUUAGUUAAACAAGCGGUUGAUGGAAGAAUCCAAAAUGGAUUCGCAAUUAUUCGUCCGCCAGGUCAUCAUUCGUUCGGAAAAACUCCACAGGGCUAUUGCAUUUUUAACAACGUCGCGAUUGCUGCCAAAUAUGCGCUAGACGUGCUCAAACUGAAAAAAGUGGCGAUUGUCGAUUUCGAUUAUCAUCCAGCAAAUGGAACCUAUAUGUCGGUGAAGGAUGAUGAUCGAAUCCAUUUAACCUCGAUUCAUGCCUAUCAUUACGGAGCGUUUUGGCCAUUCAGUACCACUUAUGAUUAUGAUACUAACAACAAAAACCAUCUUUUUGUGCCAUUAAAUGGAACAAUGAACACCGAAGGUGACUACGUCUCAAUUUUCCAUCAUGUACUCAUUCCAAUGUUAAAAACGUUCCAACCGGAACUAAUUUUGAUUUCCGCUGGAUUUGAUUCCGGCUACUUUGAUGUAAUGAUGGAGUUCGGACAAGGCGUCAAAGCUCAUGGAUAUGGUCAUAUGGCACGGCUUUUGAAUGAAAUUUGCCCUGGAAAGACAUUGGCGGUACUUGAAGGAGGUUAUUUUGCGCCAAAUUACACUGAAAGUGCUGCUAUGAUGGUCCGAGGGCUCAUGGGCCUUUCGCUUCCAAUAAUCGCGCUUCCUGAAAGAAUUUCCGGAUCAUUGGUGGAGACUUUGUGGAAUAUUAUUAAUCAUCAUGCUGUAAAUUACCCAAUCCUUCGUGAAAAUCUGAAUAAUCUGAAAAGACAGCAAUGCAAGCUCGGACUUGCACCAUUUGCUUUUAAUCAAAAAGUUUUCAUGGGAGAAAAGCUCCGAAAAAUUUAUGACGAAGUCAAACGAAUGAAAAUUGUUCGAACUCGUCAAUGGUUCCCGCAAUUAAGCGAUGAACUUGUGGAAUUGUGCACGAACAAGAUUGAGGCUUAUAAAAAAGAAUACGUUUAUUCCAAAGAUCACAAGAAUCCUUCGUUCGAUUUUCUUCUAGAGCAAUGCAUUUGGGAUGAUUGGGCGCGAUCUGAAGCUUUUCUUCAAGCUGCCCCAUUUACAGCUCAUUUGAUUAAGGAAUUUAAUGAUUUUGUGGAAGGAAAAAUCCAAAAUAUGAUGAUUUGCGAUCAAGUUCUCUAUCGCGAGGCCGUUAAGACAGGAAAAAUUGAUAAAUUUGAACCCAUCACAAAAUUUUCGCCGCGGAAAUCUGAAAUAUCAAUAUCGGGAGUUAACCGCGAUAUUAUGCCAGGUAUGCCUAAAAAUGCAAAGACCGUCGAAGAGAUUGAAAAUGAGCUGGUGUUCAGUGCUAUUCCGGAUUCAGGAAGUGAAGAUGGAAGCCAUGAUGUUUUCGAUGACGAAUUCGACGCACAAAAUGCAGAGACUUUCGGUGCCGAGCUUGAUGACAUAACAGACGCUGAAUUGGAGAGUUAUGCUGCUCAAACCGCUCGAUUAAGGCUGGAUGAUCCUGUUUGGGAAAAUCCGUCUUCAUCGUCGGUUACUGCUGCUCCUGACGCUUCCCAAAUUCCCAUACCAUCAUUCUUCGGAUCGUCUUUGGCGUUUGAUUACCAACAAAUUGCCGAAAAUUCGAUGAUUGAUAAAAAUAUUUGGGAUAAAUCUGAAAUCUCCUUAUCGCCGAUAUCUGGACAUACGUACAGUUUAUGGGGUGUUGAGACAAUUGCUGGGAUACAACCAUCUUUGCCAAAGAAAGAACUCGAGCUCGGUGAUCUAUCGGACCUCUUAGGAGAAGGAAACACUGUCUACCGAAGCGAUGAGCGAGAAAUUUCAAACACUGCUCCAAAGAAGCUUAAUGCGAUUCCACAGACGGCAUUAACGUUGGAGGAGAUAGAAAGAUUGCAUAUUGAAGACAAACAGUUUGACAAUAUGAAUCUUAAACCAGAUAUUUCGAAGGUGCUGUCGGAAUCGGGAACGGACCCACUUAACGUUUCAAUGGUACCACCAGGUUUACCACUUUCUCAAGGUGUGCCAGUUGCCCCACGCGUUCCAGUUGCUCAAUGUUCUUCAGUUUCCCAGAAUGUUCCUGUGCAACAGAAUAUUGCACCGAGUUUUAAAGGCUCUGCUAUGCCACCUGGAGCACUUUCGGUUGAAGAUCUGGAGAAGGAGAUGCUGCAAAAGACCAAGAAUCUCUCUCUCAAUGAAAGACCGCCGCAACAGAUGGUUCCCGUCGAGAUUCAGCCGCAAAUGCCUGAUUUCUCUGUGCAACCUCCUCAAUAUCCGGUGAUGAUGCCGUCGCCUGUUCCGAUGCCGAUUCCAGUUCCUGUACCGGUCCCACCGGCAUUCUAUCCACCUUUUCCACCUCAAAUGGCAAUGCCGUUACCAGUCAAUCUACCAAAGUUGCCACCACUUCAUCCUCAGUACCUUCCGUGUAUCCCGGUCUGGAUUUCACACAUUAUCAAUCGAUGCCCACUUCCCGCAAAUUAUCCGCCGGCUCCGACCAUUUUGCAUCAAUUGCUUUGCACAUACAAGAAUCCGACUCUCGUUCAUCAUAUGAUAAUUCAGUCGUCAAUUCCACCACAACACACUAGUAUUCCUCCACACAUGAUGCAACGGCAAGCUUUUUCCCCAACGCCGAGCAUGACAAAACGAAAACCCGCAGGGAUGCCUUCAUUCCGUACCAUCGAAGACUUGGCAUUUGAUAGCUUUGCUGGCUACAUGUCGUGGAAGGAACGCGAAUGGCUUGUGCGAAUUCAGCUUGAGCAAUGCAAGGGAUCUGGUGAUCCACAGACCGAAGAUUAUUAUUACUUGACGUGGAGAAAGAACAAGAUUGCGAAUGGCUGGAAGCCAAAGCCGAAAGCGAUUGAAGCAUCUGCACCUGCUAACGAGACCUCACAGGAUUAUGAAGAGCGAAUUCGUCGAAUGAACUACAGGGAAAUGCAGAAGGAACGUGCAAAAGAACGCGAACAGGCUCGCAAGCGUGAACGUGCUGAACGUGAAAAGGAACGUGCCAACCGUGAAAACGAGGAGAGGAAACCGAGAUUUGCGAAGUUUGCUUCUAGCUUGGGACUUCCCUCGAAAUCCACGACUGCUAAUCCACGUCAUUUAAUCGAUAUGACCAAAGCCGCUGAAGACGUUGCAAAGAACGUCGAUGAGGAACGCAAAGUCGCUGUUGCAAAGAAACUUCGCACAAUGCUUCUUCGUCUGGAAGGCGCUAUAAAUCUUCUCAUCGACGUUAAUGAAUUGCGCAAAAAGGACCUUCCAGAAAAGUCGAAGUUCAAGGGAAUGACGAACGAAGAAAAAGAAGCCGAAAUUGAGAAGAGAACAAAUGCCAUUAUCGAGGAAUUGAUGGGAGAUGAUUUGCACAAACUUCUGCAAAUGUCAAAAGGACGCCAGGCUAAAAUAAUAAUCGCAUUAAUGUCUGCUGGAGCUUUGGUGAAUAAGAAAAUGUAUGGGGAGAUUGUCACGGAUCUUCUUCCAACAAUUUUCUCAUGUUUAUCGCAGUUGCACAAAGAGCAAUUCGCUGUUCUUGUUGAAGCGUUAAAUGUGGAUAUCUUAAAACGACAACUUCUCGAUAAUAACUCGUUCAUUCGCGAUGUGAUGCUCACCAUCUUCUACGUUAGCAUUAUGAAUAAUCAGCCACUCUUGGACUGGGCAAAGCACACGAAAUUCCCAAGCUUGGUAUUGACGGCCAACAACUCAUUGAUGAACUGGAGAAGGGCAAUGAGUACAAUAUCGGACAGCGACAUUCGAUGGUUCGCUGAUCGUAUCAGCGAUUCUGGUAUUCGCGGAGCUGACGAGUUGGCGAAACUCAUUGAGGAGGCGGUUUAA